AGCUAGCAAGUGAAAUUCUGUUUGUCUUAGCCAAGUCAAAGUCCAAGAGAUACAUACCAACAAAAUGGUUUGCAAGGGUUGUGGAACAAACUGCCAGUGCUCGAGUCAGAAGUGCGGAGACAAUUGUGCCUGCAACAAGGAUUGCCAGUGCGUCUGUAAGAAUGGACCCAAGGACCAAUGUUGCAGCAACAAAUGAAGAAACCGAACUAAACUAUGUAUAUAACUUCUAAACUAAGGCUUAACUCACCCUAACGAGUUGGCCGCUAUAUAAAUAAAGUUUAUGAAGAUUUUGGA